AUGUCUGCUCCCGACAACAUCGACCAAGCAUCAGCCUCCCUAGACGAACAAACCCAGAGUGACCGAAACGCACACCAUGUCUACAGCUCCGACGAGGAAAUCCCCUUUGGCACUCCUCUCGCAAAGCUCCAAGCCGCCCCAGACCCGCUCGCAAGCCGGCGCAGGACGCACCCUUCUCUCGCAGACGCGGCACCCAAUAUCACAAAUCCAUGGUGGCAACGCCUGUACCCUGAAUACGCCGACGAUGAGACGCUGGUCGAUAUGGGGAUCUUGAGCCCUCCGGCAGACGACGACAAAGAUCACACGCAAGAACAAACAGGACAACCAGAGUCCGCCGCCGCGGCACUCCAACGCGGGGACAACUCCCCAACCCUCAUCCUCCCAUGCAACAUCUGCCUCCAGGCAAAAAGCCUCCCCGACAUCGCCAUCCUCCCUUGUACUCACGACUGCUGCGGCGAAUGCAUCAACCGCCUCUUCGAGAGGGGUCUGAGUGACGAAUCCUGCUUCCCCCCGCGCUGCUGUCCCAGUAGACCGCCCAUCCCGUUCGACGACGCGCGUAUCUUCCUACGGACCGAAUUGAUCGAGAAAUAUGAGAGGAAGAGAGCUGAAUUCCAGGCCCCAGUGCAUGACCGGACGUAUUGCCAUCUGCCUUACUGUCGGACUUUCAUCGACCCGGCUACCAUCCUCGGGACUAUUGCUACGUGUCCGGCGUGCACAGCUAUUACUUGUGCGCGGUGCAAGAACGGAGAGCAUCCGGGGCGCUGUCAGUACAAUUCCAACACGCCGAGGGCGGGAAGAACAUGGACGACAUGUUAUCGGUGCAGGCGUGCGAUAGAGCGGACGGAUGGAUGUCUAUAUAUCAGAUGUCGCUGUGGUGUUCUUGUCUGCUGUACAUGUAGUCGACAAUGGGAUAUGAACCACCGGCACGAGGACGAGGUCUCUGUUCGCGCGCUUCCUGUCAUUGUGUCGGAUUCUGUCAUUCGAGGUCGAUCGCAACCUCGGCCACUUCCUGAGGAAGGCGUCGGGAAUGACAAGGGGAGUGAUGGGGAUGCGGAUGAUGAGGAUGAGGAGGAGGGUGAGAUAGGGGAAUUGAUUGACGUGUAUUACGACCACCGGGAUAGGACCCCAGAGCAUGAAGCAUCUCAGCGCGAUAUGAGUUCGGAGCAUGCAGGGUUUCAGCGUGAGGUUGAUGAGGAAAAUCGGGUACGGGAGGAGAGAGAUGCAGAGCAGGCUGAACAGGGGAGGGAUGUGUUUUAUGAUGCGCCUGAAUAUAUAGAGCAGCAAAGCGACGAGAGCGACGGAGGCGUCAAUAUCGAUACAAUCGGUAUACCCAUCGGACAGCCGGUCUUUAACGCGGAUGCACCAUUCGAUCCAGGAGUCGAGGGCAGGGCUGAGGAGUUUGUCGGCGAACUGUUUAAUGAGCAGCGCCAGCAACAGGGCGAGGAACAGACCGAGAUUGAGGACGAAAGCGAGGUCGAGCAGAUCAGUGACCACGACGAGGUUGCAGAGAGAGUCCUGCACGGUCUUGGGAUUAACUGCCAGCAUCUCCAGUGGAGGGAAGUGUAUGGCCUUGGUCGAUGUGAGGACUGCAUCCAAGAGCCCCCUGGCAGACGCUACAGGUGCACAAAUUGUGGGAUUAUCGUGUGUAGGACGUGCAGAGAAGAGGUUGUGCGGUAUAUCGUGUUUACUGGGCGUUUGUUUGAUUGA